UCUAAUUAUGAAAGUUAUAGUAAUUGAAUGGAACUUUACUCCUUUGAAUAUAAAAAAUAUCAAGUAACAGUAAAAACCUUGAAAAACGUUUUCUCAUUUAUUUGUUAUGAUGUUACACGUUUCGAUAAUUUCAGAUAACUAAUCAAGGCAAUAACAAUCAGGGUAGCAAAAAUUUAUAUUGAUAAUAAAAUUUCCUUAUGGAGGCAAAACUAAGAGAGUAUCGCGCGCUCAGACGGAGAAAGGAAAUGAUAGAUAACGCAAAGGAAAAGCUGGUACAAACAAGGGAGAAAUUAUUUAAUUUUCUAAUUCCGAAAUUUCUAAGAGACAUGGAAAAAGACAAAAAUGAGGAUACAGUUUUGUUGCUGGAAAAUGAAGAAGUACUAGACAAAAACGAUGUUCCUAAAACACACCUUAUCAUGGAAGAAGAAGUAGAAAAUGAAUCUGUAGUUGAAGAAAACCAAGAAUCAUGGCUAUAUUUCACAAUAAAAUGGCUAUUAUAUGCCACUAUCUGGAUAACGUUAUAUGUGAUCUUCCUAAAGCUACAAUUUGGUGCAGUGUUUUUUGUUGUAUCCGCCCUAAUAGGCAUAUGUUUAAAUACUAGGACUAGGCCGAAAAAGAAAGGAGAGGUGUCAGCUUAUAGCGUCUUUAAUGCCCACUGUGUCAGUAUAGACGGAACUUUAAAAGCAGAACAGUUUGAAAAAGAGAUACGGUUUGGACCUGGUAGUGUAAGAUAAAUAAUUUUAUCUCAUGCAUUAUUUAACAAUGAUUUAGAAAAUAUUAAAAAUAGAUAAAAUAAUUUAAUAUUAGGGAAAAAUAUAUUAUAAAUAUGUUAUAUUUAUAAGAUAAAUUUGAUUGACUGGUUGAAGCCUCAAUGUCUCUGAGCCUACUCGAUUGUCCAUUUGUCAAUCUCAAUAACCUCUGAAUAUAUCAUUUAUAAGCUUUAUAAAUGAUUGCCUUACUAUAAAAUUUGACAGGCAAAAUUAUAGUGCUAUUCAAUUUUUUUGUGCCCUUGUCUACAAGUACACAAAAGCAUGUUUUUGAGAUUCAUCUAUGCUCAAAUGUAGGAUCUUGAUACCAAAAGUGUUUAAUACAUACUAGUAUAUUUAUCAUAAAUUGUAAAGCAAUAACUUACCUAACGUCACAUUUGCAGUUAAAAAUAGUAUGGUAUAAAAUUUUAAAAGUUAUAAGUUUAGUAUAUCAUUUCUAAAAUUUAUUACCUAUCUACAGAAUUGGGCAAUUUAAAUACCUACUGCAUUUUUAGCAGUGUCACUGUAAUACUGUUCUGUCCAGCAAAAGUAAUUACCUUACUUUUACUUUGCAUAAUUUAUAUUUGUGUAAACUGUUGAGAUAACGGGAAACAAACAGCCCAGAACUGGGCUUUUUGUACUCCCUACAAAAUACCUGUAUCCAGAAGUGGACGUCAAUCUAUGAUGAAAAUGAUGAUAAAACCAUAAGUUUUAUUUUUUUCCAUUUUUUAUGUUUAUUCUUUUCCAUAGGGAAAACGCAAAGGUGCAAAAAGCACUGUACAGCUGUGUUCAGUGAUUUGUUUCAAUAAAAAUAAUGUAAAUAAGACUUGACAAGCUAUUGAAGCUUUUUAGUUAGGUUAAUCUAAGGAAUGUAUGGCGAAAUAAAAUUUAAAUAUAUUUAAUAUAUUUUUGUCUUUAA